AUUGAUCCUCGGCACACGCAGAAAAAACAACGCAAUACUUUACAAGUGCUAUUAACAUUUCUAAUUUUGAAACCAAAAAUUUGCAAUGACGUUUGUUAAAAAUUUACUUCUAUUUUUGCUAUUGCUGGGAGUCACUAAUAAAGUAUUUUCUGCCCCAAUAAAUGAACAAACAGAAAAUCUUCGCAAUGAAGAUCAAUUAAACAUUGCAGAAGAUAAAGAAGAUAGCACCGAAGAAGACAGCGCCGAAGAGUCUGGAGAUGUUGACACGGAAGGCAGUGGAGUCGUAUCAGAAUUAUCUAAAGAGAAGGAUGAAGAAAAGCGGCAAUAUAUCACACCAAGAAAUAAAAUUGCUGUCCACAAAACCAAACAAGAUAAAAAUGCAAAAAAACGAGGAUGUGGUAAACGAGGCUGCGGCGAUGAUGAUGAUGAAGGCGACCGAGAUGAAGAUAAUCAUCACGAAAAAGGUGAAGAAAUGCAUCAUCAUCAUCAUCAUGGCCACCAUGAGCAUGAGCAUGAACAUCAUCAUCACGGACAUCAUCACGGAUUUAUUCAUGAGUGGGGACAAGAAGAAGGAGGUGAACAUCAUGGCCAUGAAGGUCAUGGUCAUCAUGAACAUUGCAAUGAACACGAGCAUGAACACGAACACGAGGAACAUCAAGGACAUGAGGGGGGACACCACGAAGAAGAUUGUGAAGGAUGUGAAGGAGGUGGUGGUGGAGGCGGUGGUGGUGGAUGGCUAGUUAAUAAAAAAUUCUCGGAAAAAGUUGCAAGUCGUCGUCAAAAUAUUUAUGACAAAUUUCCAUUAGCUUAUCACUGCCGCGAUAUAGUUAGUACAAGUGGAAAGGUUUCACCAACUAAACGGUUUUGCGUUCCACUUGUUCGUAGAGCUGCAAUAGCAUGGGCUGAUUUUUCUUUGCCAUCAAAUAAAAAUAAACAAAAAAAUACCAGAACUAAAAAAAGAAAUACUCUUGAAAGAGCAGUUAAAAAACAAACGGUGCACAUCGGUUAUGGUUAUGCAAGUGGAGACAAUUAUAGAUUAGGCUAUCAACUUGGUGGCAUGGGAGGACUAGAGUCUUCAUUUUCUGGUGCUGUUCUUCCUAAUAAAAAUUUUGGUGCAAGAGAACCAAAUAAAAAAUCAAUAAUUAGUUCUGGAAUUAAAAGAAAUGGCGUUGGAAAAAGGACAGAUUUAGGUUUUGAACCACCAGUUAACAAUGCAGGUGGUUCAUCAACGCCAUAUGGACAUCCAGUAACUCAUCCUGGGUUUACUACAAUGGGUUAUCCUGGCCAAGCAAUGGCCUCAGCUGAUGUCAGAAAUAAAAUAAUACAACCCUUUUAUAAAUCAACAAAAAGUAUAUAUGACCGCCAGCCAGUGUUUAUUGAAGAUUAUCAGUUGGAUAAUAGAAACCAGCAUUUUGAAACACUACCGAGAUAUGUGUCCGUACUAGCCGAAUAAUCAAUGCAAUAUGUGUAUGCGUAGUUGUAUUUUGCGUGACAGUGUGAUUAAAUUGCUCCUUUGUUAGUGUGUGUGUGUGUCGUUAAUGUUUUUUUUAUUUAUUUCUUUUUUGUUAUUUGUAAGCGUAUAUGUAGAUGGAGAGCGAGAGUGAGUAACAAAGCCUAAAAAAACGUCGUUGCAUAAAGAAAUAACUAAUGAAUAGAAAAUUAUUUGUAAUAUUUUUGCGGUUACUAAUUAAAAUUUGUUUUAAUGUUAGUGUAAUGUUAAUAAGUUUCUAUGUUGUUUAUAGGUUACUGUAUUGUUGAGAAAGAGUUAUAAAUAUAUUUAUAAAUAGCUGCAUAA